AUAAUUAAGGGGUGAAGACAACAGGAAGGGGCGAUGGCAUGAUCGCCCCUUUACAAACUAGGAAGUCGAGGCUUCGAGGAGCGACGAGACUUUUCCGUAGGGUCCGCGAUCGGCCGGCAGGACCCAGACAAGGGGCCAUAGCUCCCCCACAAGCCAACCCCAGCGCCGCAAAGCGAGGGCUCAGGCCCGCGCAGGCCAGCCUCCGCCUGGGCGUGGCUUUAUGGCGCGACGUCACAUUUUCCUGUCUGGCCGCCCAUUGGUUCUCUCUUACCGCCCUUUUCCGGGGCAAGUGAAACCAGGCACAGAGCCGGAAGUGAUUCAAGACAGCCGCGGCCUUCGCAGCUGAGCGCCGGGGUGCCAUUGAAGACGGCCAGUUUCUCCAUCCAGGCUCCAGCCCGAGCCAGAAGAUCCCCCAGAAUUCUGAUGGCCUAUGGAAGGGAACCGAGUCGGAUCAUGAAGUAUCCCGCGCAGAUGUAACGAUCAGAGCCUUCUGAAGGCCGCCGGAACCCCGCCCCUAGGAGGAGUCUGGGAGCCUUGUCUAGGUCAAGCACCCGAAGGGACCUCCCCGGGGUGGAGCCCCCUGGCCAUGGCCGCCCCCCCGGGGGCUGGUCCUGCAGCUCUACGCUUCGCAGCCGCAGCCACCUGGCAAGUCGUGCGCAGACGCUGCGUGGAGCAUUUUCCGCGAGUAUUGGAGUUUCUGAAAUCCUUGCGCGCCGCUGCCCCUGGCUUGGUUCGCUACCGGCACCAUGAACGCCUGUGCAUGGGCCUAAAGGCCAAGGUGGUGGUGGAGAUGAUCCUGCAGGGCCAGCCUUGGGCCCAGGUCUUGAAUGCUCUGAAUCACCACUUCCCAGAAUCUGGAUCUGUGGUACGGGACCCCAAAGCUACAAAGCAAGAUCUGAGGAAGAUUUUGGAGGCACAGGAAACUUUCUGUCAGCAGGUGAAAGAGUUGUCAGAGGCUCCUGUGGAUUUGGCCUCAAAGCUACAGGAACUUGAACAAGAAUAUGGAGAACCUUUUCUGGCUGCCAUGGAAAAGUUGUUUUUUGAAUAUUUGUGUCAGCUGGAAAAAGCACUGCCUACACCACAGACAGAGCAGCUUCAGGAUGUGCUGACUUGGAUGCAGCCUGGAGUUUCUAUCACCUCUUCUCUUGCCGCCAGCCAGUAUGGUGUGGACAUGGGGUGGCCACUUCCAGAGUGUUCUGUUACUGAUUCAGUGAACCUCACAGAGCCCAUGGAACAGGCUCCUCCUCAGCAACCAAGACUAGCACUCCACAGUCCUCUGCCAAAAGCCAAGCCUGGCCCAUACCUUCCUCAGGGACCAGCUUCAAAGAAGCACCCAGAACCUUUAGCUGGCCACCACUUCAACCUGGCCCCUCUAGGCCAGCGAAGAGUCCAGUCUCAGUGGGCACCUGCGAGGGGAGGCCAUAAGGAGCGCCCCACAGUCAUGCUGUACCCCUUCAGGAAUCACGGCUCAUCAACCCAGGUCAUAUCUAAUCCUGAAAACAGAGAACAUGGGAUGCACACAGCCGAUCCAGCAGAUACUGUGUGCACAAGAGCAGCCUCCGCUGGGAAGUCUAAGAAUCCAUGCCAGACUCUGGGGGGAAAGGUUCUGAAGGAGAACCCAGUUGACUUGUCUGCCUCAGAGCAGGAGAUUUCCCUGGAUUGCUCCAUGGACCCCCUGAGACUAUUAUUAUCACCUCCUAGGGCCAGGAAGCCAGUGAAUUCUCCAUCUCUGUGUGGCUCCGUCAUUACCAUAGGGGACUUGGUUUUAGACUCUGAUGAGGAAGAAAAUGGCCAGAGGAACGGAAAGGAUCCUCCUUCCAUGCCCUAACUCCUUACCAAAAGCCUUGGCCACAUCCCCAGGACAGCUGCAGCCUCCAUCCUGCAAAGUAAGGAGCACUUCAAAAAGACAGCAUGGAUUUUCCAAGCCCUCUCAGUGAUGUCCCAAUGGCCCACCUCAAAGCUGACAAGAACCUAGGA